AUGUAUCUAAAAAUACGACGUGGUGGUACAUCUAAUCACAUACGUAAACCUAAUGCAACAAAAACUCGACCAAUAACUCGAAAACAAAGUGCAGCACUACUAUGUGAAGAAGUUAAUGAGGAUCAAUUUGUUCUUGUUGAGCUAACAUUAAAUAAGAAGUUAUUGGUCGUUGAAUAUAAUGAAUUAAUUAAAUUGAAUGAAAAAGUAAAAAUAAAAAUAGGUUCACGUAUUUUGAUUGAAAGCAAUGGUAAUCAACCAAAUUCUGCAUUAGUGUUUUGUAUUGGUUCAGAAGAACAAUGUUUGGAAGAGUUAAAUAUCAUUCAACAUCAACGUGAUUAUCAUAAAAAUUCAAGUCAUGAUGCUGUUGAUACCAGUGAUGAUCCUUCGCUAGUAGUCACAACGACAUUAACAGAAUCAAACAAAAAAAAAGGUGUUCAAAAAAAAAAUGGAAAUGUUUCAAAAGUAACAAAUUUCAAGAUUUCUCUUGAUAAUACUCACACUAAAUCUAAUCUUUGCUUAUCAUCCUCUACAUCAUCAUCUAUAACUGCACCUUCUACCGAUAAUUCAGUACAGUUAAACCACGAACAGAAUGCAGCACUUGACGUUUCUUCAUUAACAUCAACUAACAAUAUUGUCAUCACACCACCUACAGCACUAUCAAAAUCCAUAAACACAAAUGUCACCAAUACAAAAUCAAAUUCACAGUGCAGUCGAAUGGACCAAUUAUCAUCAUUGGCUUCUCAACUGACAACAGUAACCAAAGAACGUGACUGCUGGAAAAUGCUUCCUACAGAUGAAAGUACUUGUGAAUGGAUACGUACUGUUUAUGAUGCAAUCCAGCGCAAAGCUAAUCAUACGAUCAAUUUCGAAGCUGAAUCAGCCAAGCUUAGUAUGUCAUCAAGUUUAUUACAAUAUUGUGUAAAUCUUUCAAAACCACCAGCAACGACAGCUCGAAAAAUGUUCCAAUACACUGGUGAAAAGCUAUUCGGAUGUCUCAAAUGGGAUAGAAAAGCUAUUAAAAUCAGUUUACAAAAUUUCAUUCGUGGUGAACGUGCGAAUAUGAAACAAGAUCAACAUGCACAUGGUGCAGUAGAGCAAAACGAUAAUCAUGAUGAUGUAGUGGAGCACAAUGAUGAUCGUGAUGAUGUGGCGGUGAAUGAAAUGGUAUCAGAAUAUUAA